AUUAUUUGUGUUUUAAAGUCAUACGUAUUUAUUUUAUAAUUGUGUUCAACUUACUUUUCACAUACGACAACCCUUUUCUGAAACCUGCUCCGGCAAUUGCUAUAAUCUCCACACUGAAUAUUUGAAAAAGAAAGUCCUUUCAGUCUAUACUCGACUCUCGCGCGAUCGUGAUAUCACUACUAGCUAGUAUUACAGUUAAAAUAAAUCCAAAGACAUGUUUUAGUUUUUUUUUACGUCGUCCAGGGAAUAUUUAAAAAUAAUUAUUGAAAUUAAAAAUACGUAAUACAAAACAAAUAUACUCAUAAAAAACAAGAUGUACGUACACGGGAUGAAUAAACUACAUUAUAGUUUGCUGAUUUUCACAUUAUUAUGCCUGAACAUAUUACAAACGAAUGCGGGAAUUUCGGCUCUUUUAAGAGACACUGGAGUGAUUCCGGCAGUACCGAUGAAAGAUUUGAAAGAGACAGCGACAAAUGCGCCAGAAUUAGCUCGAAUUUUCUACUCAGCAAUUGGCAACCUAGUUGAAGCUGUUCCCGUAUUCCCGAUCACGUUCAACGUACCUGACAUGGUGACCGCUUUCGGUGGCUUGCUCUCUGGUAUGUUCAACUACAUAACUGGGAAUGGAGGCGGCGACGGAGCGUCACAACCCAAAGAUGUCCUCGGUGCUAUGUUCAACAUUUAUAGGCACAUAGCCGUACAAGAAGACAUUCAUGACUUUGAGUUUAUGACGUAAAAUUUUGCACUAUAAAGAUACCCAACAUAAUAGUCUACUUCGACAGAAGAAGAGUUCAAGUCACCAUUGUCGCUGUUAUUUUUUCUUUUCUUUUUUUUCUUUUAAACACGUAUCGUAUAGAUGGUAUUAUUAUAAAAUUGUACGCAGCUUACUCAUUAAUAUUUAAACGGAGUGAAAUGUAUUCUACUGAUUACACAUCUUCAUUCAACUGUAAAAACAUUGUCCACCAAUAUUGGAGUACCACCCACUAAAUUAUGUAGAUUUAGUGUACCUAAUAGUAUAGUAUAGUGUACAUUUUACACCCAUCGUGAAAUCGAGUUGGUGUGAAAUUUUAAAUGCAAAUAAAUACCUACCUAUAUAGUUAUACCUA